UGCGUUGCUUGCGUUGCUUGCGUUGCUGGGCUUGGCCCGUGUGUCCGCAGGGCUCGCGGUGGUAACCUCGUAUCAUCCAUGCCAUUCCCGUCGUGUGCUCCCCUGAAUUUCCCUCGUUGUAGCGAGCUUUCGUACAUUGCGCACGACUCCACAAUACCCACAAGCUGGAUUCCACGAUUCGGCCUUCUUUUGAUCGGAAUCGGGUGAGGUGGAGAGCAAUUCCAGAGCUUGGGAAUUUGGUUGUAGGAGAGAAGAAGAAGGGAGAUAUAGAUUUUGCAAGCGAGACGUGAGGAAUUAUUUUAUAGAGGUGAUUAGGUACUGGGAGAGAGGCUGAUCGGUCAAGAGAUUUAGAGAUGGGAGAAGGGCCCGAUGGCGCAGCGAAAGCGGGGGCGGACGCGGGGGCUAGUAGUGUGAGAGAUGCGGGUGGUAGUAUCGCUGUGGUGCAUGUGCGCUGCUCGAAUGGCAACAAGUUCACAGUGGAGGUGGAUUUGAGCGCCACCGUGAUGGCCAUGAAGGUGUUGCUGGUGGAGCGGUCGGAGAUUCCGGCGGACCAGCAGCGGUUGAUUUACAAGGGCCGGGUGCUUAAGGACGACAGUACCCUCAACAGCUACGGUCUGCAAAGUGAUCACACUGUUCAUUUGGUCAGAGGAGCAGCACCUGCACCUGCCGCCGGCACCCCUACUCUAACAUCAACGCCUACACCUGCUGUUGCUCAAGCAAACCCUGUUGGACUAGGGUCAGUUGCAGGGUUAGGCGGUAUGGGUUUCCCUGGUAUAGGAUUGGGCUCGGGUGGUGGCGCUUUUCCGCCAUUCGGAACGGGAGCUUCAGAUUUUCAGCAGGUUCAGCAGCAGCUAAUGCAAAACCCAAACUUAAUGAGAGAAAUGAUGAAUAUGCCUGUAGUUCAGAACUUAAUGAACAACCCUGAUCUCAUGCGAUCCUUGAUUAUGAGCAAUCCACAGAUGAGGGAAAUCAUUGACCGUAAUCCAGAUUUGGCCCAUAUUUUGAACGAUCCUGGAACACUUCGGCAGACGUUAGAUGCUGCUCGCAACCCUGAGCUCAUGCGUGAAAUGAUGAGAAACACAGAUCGGGCCAUGAGUAAUAUCGAAGCUUCGCCCGAGGGGUUUAACAUGCUCAGGCGUAUGUAUGAAAAUGUCCAAGAGCCUCUAUUGAAUGCCGCAACUAUGAGUGGGGAGGUAGGGAACGGCGUGGCGCCGAACCCAUUUGCAGCUCUUGUGGGAAUGAACGGGGCUGCGCAGGGUCAAGGUCAAGGUGCAGCUAAUAACACUGGAGCUGGAACAACAGUGCCGAACACUGCUCCUUUACCGAAUCCUUGGAAUCCUACACCAGCUGGGACUGGAACUCGAGCUGCUCAGACACCCCCAGCGGUUCCAGCAGCAAUUCCAGGGGGAGGUUUUCCAGAUUUCAGUAGGUUGGCAGGACUUGGCCUUCCAGAUCUUGGGACGAUGGGCGGUUCUGGGGGGCUCAUGGAUCCCGCCAUGAUACAGCAAAUGUUGCAAAAUCCUCAAAUACAGGAGAUGAUGCAGGGAAUCUUAUCUAAUCCUGCUUACAUGAAUCAGAUAAUGAAUAUGCAGCCUCAACUACGUGCAAUGCUGAACCAGAAUCCGCAUUUUAGAGACAUGAUGCAGAAUCCAGACUUCAUUCGACAAAUGAUCAAUCCGGAGAGUUUACAGCAACUAAUGCAACUCCAGCAAGCUAUGAUGGGCCAACGUGGUGGUCAAUUGCCUGGCCAAUUUGGUCAACCUGGUGGUGGAUUGGGUGGAGCUCCAAACAUGAAUAUGGAUGCUUUACAUAAUAUGCUCGGAGGACUUGACAGCACUGCCCCUUCUAACCCUGACAUGCCUCCCGAGGAACUAUACGUUACACAGCUAAGGCAAUUGCGUGAGAUGGGAUUCGAUAAUACUCAAGACAACAUUCAAGCUCUCCGUGCUGCUGGUGGAAAUGUACAUGCUGCAGUUGAUCGGCUUUUAGGGAAUAUUGGAUAACGCUCUUCAAAUUCUGACCGAUCAUCUGAGUUUGGAUCCUUGAUCCAGUGCCAACUGGAUCUCUUUGUUAUGCAUUAUUUUCUCAGCUUCCAUCCUGAUAUUGGGCCUCCUGGUUUCCUUAUGGAACGUGAGAAGGAGUUAUUAGAAAAGAGAAAUAUCACUCAUUUUGAGGGCUAGGUCUUGAAUAUGCUUGUCAUCUUCUCUUCCCUGUUCAGAGAAGAUGUGUAUCUUAGAAGAAGACAAGUGUUGCGUCACUAAGUGUAGUACUUGUGAUGGCGGCAGAAUGAUUUACACUUGUAAGUGUUGUGUAUAGUUUUCUAUUGUUACAAAAAGAUUCAAUUCCGUUUUUCCUCCGAUUGACGAAA